AUGCUGGUGAAGCGCGAGCGUGCAGCAAAAUCGCGGACCACUACGACGUGGGCGACGGCGGGCUGCUCCUCUACUGUCCACGUGCAGGAAGAGACGAUGGUGACCGCGACUGGUUGGCGAAGCUGGUGGUGCCGGAAGACCUACAACAGAAUGUGCUGCACCAUUAGCAUACGAGUGUGGAAGGAGGACAUCAAGGGGUCGGUAGAACGUACCAGCGGGUCCGGGCGCACUUUCACUGGCGCGGUCUGUUCAAGAGUGUGCAACGAUACGUGGGACAAUGCACGGAUUGUGAAAGUGGGAAAGGGCGCCCGGCUCUACGCGGAGAGUCGCAAGGCAACAUUCAAGCAACGUACCCUUUUCAGUACAUCGCGAUGGACCACAUCCCGUCUCUACCAAGGUCGUAUCAAGGGAACACCGAACUGCUCAUCUGGGUCGAUCUAUUCACAGGUUACGUGA